AUGUUUGCCUCGGCGCUUGGCCUACUCGUGCUCGCCGUGAGCUGGGCCCUCCCCAUGGCCGCCCUCGGAUCGCCCAUCGCCAACACAACCGGCCUUUCCUGGACGCCGGCCGCGGACCACCAGACGACCUGCGAGCGCCCCGCCACGUUCGCCGCCGACCCGUCCCUCGAGCCCGCCAACUGGCGCGAGUGCGCGGCGCUGUACUCGUCGUGGGCGACGGAGAAUGGCACCUUUCGCCUCCUUCCCGAGCGGCAGCAGGCGGAGAAGAAAUCCAACAGGGGCGGCGACGGUGAUGAUGGCGUCGGCAGUGAGUACGACGCGGACGGCUUCCUCGUGCUGCUGCGCGAGACGGACUGCGUCCUCGCGGUGCGGCCUAUGGAUCCCGCCAAGGCGCCCUUUACCGUCGGCGACAGGGACGUCAACAUGCUUCUCGAGGAGAGCCUGAAGAAUUACUCGCGUGGCACCGAGCUGGCCGUCUCCGGAGUCGUCAAGUGCGCUGACGCGGGCGGCGAGAAGGCGGGCUUGAUGUGGCAGCUGGCCAAGACGGCGAAAUGA